AUCACAGUCUCUUGGUGCACUCCUAAGGCAAGAUGCGCGCCGCCCUCUCUUUUCUGGUUAUCUGCCUCGCUCUAGGCGUCGCUGUCAGUACCCCGGAGAAGGAAGCUGAAGAGGCCCAAAGGGAAAAGCGAGGGUUCAACAGACCCUUCACAGGCGGCUACGGCGGCGGUUACGGAGGCGGCGGCGGAUACCUAAUUGUUGGUUCUGGUGGCGGCGGCGGCCAUGGACCCACCGCUGCCGACAUCGCAAACCAGGCUGCUGCUCAAGCUUCCGCCGCUGCUGCAGGUCUUCAUGGAGCCUCUAGUUCAGCUGCACGAGGCGCUGCUAACCAGGCUGCUGCUGUUGCAUCAGCUGCAGCUCAAACAGCUCAGGCUGCAGCUGCCCAAAAGCAGUCACAGGCAGCACAGCUAACACAGGCUGCUCAGGGAGCGCAGGCUGCAGCCUUUGCCGAGUCCUCACUGUCCGGACAGGCCUUCGCUGCUGAACAGGCAGCGGAGAACACUUACAACCUGGCCGUGGCUGUGGCCAACGAUCUGGCCGCCGCCCGUCAGGAGGCUCGGACAGUCGUCGCCCAGGCUUUCAAUGCUCUGCAGGCUUCCAGAGCCGUAAGGGCUGCACAGGCUGCCAUGGCCUGGCAGGCUCAACAAGCCGCUGCCUCCCUCCACCAACAGCAGGCCGUUGUCAUCAGUGACCUGCAAUCUGCACAGGGAGCAGCAGAUCAAGCCGCAGCAGCAGCAGCCAAGGCUUUAGCUAAGGCUAAGGGCACCGGCGGCGGAUACGGAGGCGGUUAUGGCGGUGGCUACGGCCACUGAGGACACUAGGACACUUAGGGGACGUGCACCACCUGACCCUCCAUAGUCAACAGGUCCACACAGAGCGGACCAGUGGGAGGCGGUUGUCAAGGGACAGAUGUAACAUCGUAUUAUACCGUGAAGCAUUCUCGUAACAUUACGUUAAUCUAUGAAUUUCCUAAUAAAACGUUGGGUCAAUGCUUAUUUUA